AUGACCCAUUCCCUCUUCUUGAAAAAGGCCAAAAUUCGAGCUAAAGUAGAGGACAAGCAGGAAGCGAUAGCUCUGCCUCUGGACUACUCCUUCUUCCAGAUUAAAACACCAGCAGAGAUCCUGCGUUUUCCAUCUCGAAUCGACUCUCCAUUGUCGUUGAAGACGCCCAAAGACGCGGAGGGUAAGUGGCUAACAACAGCAUUGAAAUUGAACAAAAAUAUCUUGGAAGAUCUUGUCGAUUUACCACGUGUUGUUUCUAGUCUCUUCCCAUCCGAGCAAUGGCUCACGUGGUUAGACCUUUCCUGCAACCUCCUGCAUCGAGUCCCGCCUGAAUUGCUUCAGUUGACGAGCUUGAAGAUUCUCUGCCUCCACGGAAAUAAGAUUGCCACUACCCAAGAACUGGUAAAGUUGCAGCCACUCAAAAACCUCAUAAAACUCACAGCUCAUGGCAAUCCGGCUGAAUUGGAAACAGGUUACUUCAUCACAGUGCUUGCAGCGCUGCCUAGCCUACUUAAAAUUGACUUUACUGCCGUCUCUACCAACGAGAGGCUGGCUGCUGAACAACUUCAGAACUCGAAGCGGGCUCAUAAGCGAUAG